GUAGUGCAAAAAAGUAAAAACCACAAGAGUGCUUGAUUAUUCAUUUAUUCGGAGUAUUUCAGACGAAAAUAAUUAAAAUUGGCCACUGGCCCAAUUUACUAUACACAAAUACUCGCUUUGUUUUGUAAUUCACUGAGACAAUUGGCGCGAAAGAGUCUGUUUUAUUACCUGUGUGGGUCACAACAUGUCGUGUAUAUUAUCGUCAAGUUAACAGCUAAACGUUUAAGAGCAGCGUCUGAUCCACAGGAUGACUAUAAACAACGUUUCUGAACAAAGAAUAAGAAAGAAGGAGUGCGGUUUGGCAAACUUAACUUCAUGAAAAUUUUAUUGCAGGGAUUUUAUUGAAGCUUCGGGGGUUGCCAAGCGUAGCUAUGUCGUUAGGCAAAUUGCCUUUUCAAUUAUACAGGUAUUUUCAGUUUCACACAAAAGGCUACGAAGAGCUUCGAAUCUCGUCUGUAAACAAAGGAGUGUAUCACCUGCCGUUUGCAAUUAUUGGCACAAUAUAAUUAGAGAGAAAUUUGCUGUGAAUUCCGAUAGAAAUCUUCCUCUUCUCCGCAAGGAAAGCUGGUGGACGAUCCUGGUCCUCGAAAGUACUUCAAUCUUGGGAAGGUUUUGUUUUAUGCAACUUUAAAUCUUCCUCGCAGUUGUAACAGCGAAGAAGAGUCGGAAAAACCCUAUGGAGAGCGAAGGAAGUAAUUGUGAAUCCAGCAAAAAAGAUUCCACUCGAGGUGAAGAUUUUGAAAAUCAUGAUGAAGUCAAAGAUACAAAAGCUGAAAAUACCGAAAAAGUCGAAACCACAAAGGACAUUUCGUGUCAAACCGAUUUCGAUGAUAUUUUGCAUCAACACCUAGAACAGUUUGAAGAUGAGAUGCAACUAGAGCGAGACGAAAUGGAGAAGGAGUUUAUUGAAGAAAAAAGCAACCUUGAAAUUAAGCUGAGAAAUGAGUAUAACGAGAUCAUCAAAGCCAAAGACGAGCUUAUUCGGGUUCUCACAGAAGAAAAGGAUUUCUUUUGGAGCGAACUUCGCGAUUUGAGAAAAUCAUUCGAUCUGUUCACUAGGCAUGUUCACCGAGAUGCACUUCAACAUCUAAGUCAGUGCGGAUAUGAGAAGGAACUGGGCACCAAACCAAGAAUUACCGGAAAUGGCACAGUGGAAGGGAAGAACGGCUGUCAUGACAACACUAACCUCGACUGUGGAGAACUUUUGACCGUGCUGCGCAAACAAGAAGAGGUUCUGCUAAGGUCGUUUGAAAGAGAAAAAGCUGAGAUGACGCAGAGGUUUGAAAGGGAAAAACUGGCUGUAAGGAAACUAGUAGAAGAAGAAUGUCAAGCAAGAUACGCAUACGAGCGAGCGUACCUGCUUCACAGCAUAGACGGACUCAAGGAAGGGCUGGACAGCUUGAGAAUCCAGAAAGAUGAACUGGCUAAAAUAUUUGAGGGAGAGAAAAACGCGUUGGAACUCAGCUAUAAAAGAAAAGAAGAUGAAUUACGACAGAAUUUAAAACUGGAGCUUCAACGUAAGAUUAUCCAUGCUCAAAAGCCUUGGACUCAGACUAAAAUUUAAGGAUGCAGUGUGCCUUUUCGUCUUCGGCUACGCUUGUCCCACGAUGCAGUAUAGCGCUGAAAAAAAAAAACUAUCCAAAUGAAGAUUUCUUCUAAAGCAUUUCCUUUAAACAUAAUUAUGGCCCAACAUGGAUGGUACUAUUAAAUUUGUUUUAGUUUACGCACGAGGCGAAAGGGCUCGGACGUGGGUCGGAAUAAGGACUGUUCAGGCCCUUCACAUCUCUUUGUCGAUCACUUCAGUUUCAAGUUCAUAAUAUUAAUUCUUCAAACUGAGUUACAUACAUUCCUUUUCAUGUAAGAUAUGAGAAUUUGGCGAUAAAUCAUGCAGCAACAAGAGAUAAUAUCUUGGCAACAAUCAGAUGUUUACUUGGUUACCGUAAUGCAGUCAUGUUGUAAGGAAAACUAAGGUGCUGAUCACAAGACAAACUUUACGUUCUGUUUAGAAUUUAUAGCACUUUCGUCGAAAAGAAAAUAUGCAAAUAAAGGAGACACCCUAGUGUCGGAAAGAAAGAUUUUUAUUUAAAAAACUAUUCUUUGAGGUUAACCUCGACUGACCAACUCUGUAAGCUCGAAGCUGACAACGAAAGAAUCUUGUUUUAAAAACCUCAAUUCAAGACAGUAUUCAUUUAAGCGAGCCGAUAAGCCGACGAAAUUAUUAAAUCGUUCAUUACUAUUUCUCAAAACAACUAGCUUCCAGCAGUAGGAUGAUGGUACUUCUAAUUAUCAAAAGCUCAAAUUAAACAAGCCAUCUUCAUGUUGAAGAAGAAGAAGAAGAAGAAGAAGAACAACAACAACAACAACAACAACAACAACAACAACAACAUUACAAUAUUUUUAAUGAGCGCGGACGUGAACAUGUUUCUCAGGAUUUGAUAAGCCGUGUACAUUUUGGUCAGUUGUCGAAAGUAAUUAAAAUACUAGCCGAAAUAAUUCUAAACCUAUUUUAAUUCCGGUGCUAUUCCCUUACACGAACAUUUGUUCUGGAUCUGAACUGUUCUUAAUUUAUAGUAAAGUUUGUAACUACCGUAUAUGGUAUUCGAUUUCAGUAUUUUAAGGUCGCUGGUAAAGAUAGGGCCAAGCCACUCCCUUCUCUUACCAGAAAUCCUAUUCUCGUACACAAAACACAGCUUAUGGCCUCAUGAAAAUAUUUUUGCUUUCAACUAGUGAUACACAGUGUUUGUAAAGUAACUCAAAGGAUCAACGGAUAGACAAAAAUUGAACAUUCCGAUCCACUGAAUUAACACAUUCAACGCAAAGUUGAAGCACGUUUACCGUAAAUCCUCGAAUUAGCGCCUCCCACCCCUCCUCGAAUAAGCGCCCCCUUCGAAUA